AUGGCACUAUUUGUUGGACGGCUUGCACUGGAUACUCACCCACGAGAUUUAGAACAUAUCUUUGACAAGUAUGGACGUUUGAAUAGGUUGGAGAUUAAAAGAGGCUAUGCAUUUGUAGAAUAUAUGGAUACUCGCGACGCUUCAGAUGCCCUAAAAGAAACUGACGGAAUGCGAGUUCGUGGUAAUAGGAUCGUCGUAGAGUGGGCCAAGAACGGUGGAAAGAAACCGGGUAUGUCCGCAUACGGUAAAGCUAGAGUCAUUGGGCAAAAGACUGUCGUUCGAAUUCUUCUCGAUCUCAUAAUAGACAUCGUAGCAGGAGCCCUCGAAGAAGUUACGUCAGUAUUAAGAGUAUACAGUAAACUAGUACUACUAUGCCAGCAGCAAGAUAUGCUUGCACACUUUGAUUCACGUUUCCCCCGUCCAGUCAUUAUCUAUUGGUCAUAUUCUUCAGACAGUUUGGAUGUUACCUAUCUUCCCCUUGUCGAGAUAUCUCUUCCUAAUAGUCCCAGUCAAUAA